CUUUUGCUUACUUUGGGCUUCUAAUAAAAAUGAAUAUCAAGUGUUUAGGCUAGUUUAGUAAAUAAUAGCAGAAAUGCUGGUUUAGUAUGGAUAACAAUAUCCCUCAACAUAUAUUUUUUAAUUUCUAUUGAUAAGGAAUCAUGAAUUGUGCCAGCAAUAACUCUGAAUCUGAAGAGGUUAAACAGGAAGAUGAAGUUUUAUGUGGGGAAAGAUCGAACGACAAUAAUUCAUUGUUGCUAUCGGCCCCAUCUUCAGAGCAAUCAUCGACUUAUCUCCUAAAUCCAACCCUUCAGAUGAACCAGGAGGAAGCCCUAAGGGGAGUCAGUCUAGAGGCCUUGAGUCACAUCAUGCAGUCGUCCUGUCAGCCGUCCAGCUCACAGUUCAGCAUGUUGAGUGAUAGCUUCAACCAUCACCAGUCAAGCCCCACCUACCAAACACCCAGCUGUACCAUCCAGACGUACAACAACUCUCAGGAGAAGAAUGACCCACCUGUGUCAGAAUCUUGUAACAUUCAAACCUUCAAAAACACACAAAACAAAGUAGAAGCCCCUGCUGCUGAAGCUGUGUACUCUGACGAUGAAGAACACAACUCUAGUGACAUGAAAAUCUUUUGUUCUGGGUGUGAAAUAAAAUUCAAUAAUGCUGCCGAGUUGGCGACCCACAGGCGAACAGUCCCACACAUCAACCGUAUAAUGCAGCCUUCAUCACCUCACUUUGAAAUUAUAUCAAGCAGUUUUGUGCACCCAUCUUAUCCAGAACUCUCGAGCACUUUACCAAACUAUAUCAACACACAAGAGAAAACGGAAUCACCAGUCGCUGAAGCUGUUUACUCAGAUGAAGAUGAACAUAAUUCUUCUAAUGGUUCCGGUGUUGAAUGCUCAGUCUGCAAGAGGAGAUUUUCAACCUCUCUCGAGCUAAUGAGCCACAGACGCUCGGUUCAUCGAGGCCAAAUAAGCUGCGAGUUUUGUGGUAAACACUUUGCAAAUACACAUAACUUAAAAAUUCAUUCUUUUUCCCAUACUGGUGACACAAGAUCCAAAUCCUUUUGUAAUACUUGUGGGAAAGGAUUUGUAAAGCCUUCAGAUUUGAGGCGACACGAACUCAUCCAUGCUGGAAGAUACUCCUGCUUAGAGUGCAAUGUUACGUUCAAUACUGCUGAUGAAGUAAAAGAACAUGCAAAAACCCACGAUGACUAUUCAUCCAGUAACUGCUCUGAUUGCAAUAAGGAAUAUAUUAACGAUGGACCUCACUUAAAUCAUAACCAAGAGCCGAAAAGAGAAUUGUUUUCUUGCGACACCUGUGGUUUAGCUUUGGAAAGUAAGUUUGACUUGAAAGCUCACUCACUCAAACACACCGGAUCAUCCCAGAAUGUCUGUGGAACUUGUGGAAAAACAUUCAGCCGACCUUCUGACUUGAACAGGCACUCUGUCAUUCACACUGGGGAACGCCCCUUCACUUGUGUGGAGUGUGAGAUGAGUUUUACAAACCAGAGUAAUUUAAGAAUGCACCUUAUGACCCAUUCUGAUGUUAAGCCGCAUCCUUGUUCGGUUUGUGAAAAAUCAUUUCGUAGAUCUGCAGAUUUGGAACGUCACUCCUGUAUUCAUAGUGGCGCUAGGCCGUUUAAGUGCAACUUAUGUCCGAUGGCAUUUACCACCGGUUACAACUUGAAGAUUCAUCAGUUGAAGCACACCGGUGGAUUGCCAUACCCUUGUACCCAGUGUGAAAAAGCUUUCAGCAAACCUUCAGAGCUUCAGAGGCACACUUUGACUCACUCUGGUGAGCGUCCGUUUACAUGUCCUCAGUGUGGAAUGAAUUUUUCCAACUCAAGUAACCUGAGAAACCACAUGAUUACUCACACAGGUCGACGGCCCUUCCCUUGCAAUAUCUGCAAAAAAGCAUUCACCAGGCCUUCAGAUGUCAAAAGACAUGUUCUAACUCACACUGGAGCUCGCCCUUUUGCUUGCACAAUUUGUGGUUUGGCGUUUGCUGAUUCUUCUAAUCUAAAGAAGCAUACAUUAACACAUUCCAAGCAACCGAACCCUUCGAACAGACUCAUGCUUGGCCCUCCAUUUCAUUGUCAGGUGUGCGAAAUAACAUUUGCAAAUUCGGGCGAACUAGACACACAUAUCAGAACAUCUCAUGCCGAUGGAUCUAAGGACUUCUUAGCCAAGAUAAACGGUACCAAACAGUACACUUGUGCAAUCUGUGGUUUACGCUUUACCCACGCUAUUCAUCUUCAAGAGCACUCGCUCAGUCAUGACAGAGAGCAUUCGUUCCAAUGUGAGAUCUGUGACAAAUCUUUCUCUCAGGAAAUGUUUCUUCAGAGACAUCUACUCACUCACACUGAAGCACGGCCUUAUGAGUGUCCAGAAUGUUUUAAAUGUUUUAAAAGCUCAUCACAUUUAAAAAAUCAUAUCCCUAUCCAUUCAGGAGUUAAGCCCUUUGUAUGCCCGACGUGCAACAAAGCAUUUUUGAAAAAUGCUUCGCUGAGGCGACAUCAAACAAUACAUGCAAGAGGAAAUGCUGUGGCAUGCCACGUUUGUGGGAAGAGUUUUUUGAACAUGGAGUAUCUUAAGAAACAUAGUAUUACUCAUGAGUCAUAACCUUAUUGAUAACUUUUUUUUAAUUUUUAAAGCUUUCUGUGAUACUUAUGCUACAUUAGUUGGCGCUAAUAGUUGUUAUUUAGUUUUAAUUUUAGUGCAGUAGAAUCCCUCAUAAUAUUUGAUCUUAUAACAACUGACCCUAACCAUAGAUAAAAUAGUUCCUUAGUAGAUUUCUCAUCCUUAUAGAACAGCUGAAGCCAAUUUUAUUGUUAGUUCUGUCCGGUUUUCUGUAGAUGUCAUGUUUUAUUUGCAAAUUGUUUCUUUUAUUGUAGGGUUAGUUUCUCAUUAUUUGUGUCUCGCUGUUUGGUUAUAUAGCUAGUGGACGAGUUACUGUUUAUGAUUAGAUAGUUUUAUUUGGUUAAACGAGGUUUUAAAUUACUGAAAUAACAAGAAACAAAUUGUAAACAAAACACAACAUCAACAGAAACCCGGACAGAACUAACAAUAAAAUUGGCUUCAGCUGUUCCAUAAGGAUGGGAAAUCUACUAAGGGACUAUGUUUUAUCUAUGCCCUAACUCAAACCCUUGACCCAAUCGUGACACUGUCUUCUAACAACAAUCAUUGUUCAUAUUUAAAAGAAAUAUGAUCUAGUCCCAUUCAUAGGUGUCCAUUUAACCAUUGCAUACGGUAAGGCCCCAGUUAAAAGAGAGGGUUCUGGAAAAUGUUUAAAAUUUAGGUACACAAUUGUUGAUUGUAUGCAUUUUUGUACCGAUAUAUGCUUGGUCAAUUUAUUUUAUUCAUUGGUUUUAAAAUAUUAAAAAUGUGGUUAAGAAGGGUACCAAAGGGUCUCCCCUCUUAUGUCUGUAUGCAUUUUUGUACCGAUAUAUGCUUGGUCAAUUUAUUUUAUUCAUUGGUUUUAAAAUAUUAAAAAUGUGGUUAAGAAGGGUACCAAAGGGUCUCCCAUAUUGAUGGACACCCAUGGAUUAUCAAACCAACAAAAGAUUAUUGCAUAACUGUUUCAACACUUUUUUCUCUUUUACUAUGACUUUGUUUAUCUUUUUUAUGAAGGGUUCUACUGUAUUCUAAAUUUUAAUUUCACUAUCCUAUCUGAAACGGUCAUAGUUAUUUAUUUAGGCAUUGCAUGGAUCAUGCCAAUUUAUUUUAACAUUACAGAAUUUAUUUGUAUUAGUUUUAAAGGUUUUUUUAUAUUAGAGGUUGUUGGAUGGCAAAUAAUCAAAAUUAUUUAGCCUCAAUAGCUUUGUAAAGUAAGAUUAUAUUUUUUAUUAUAAGCUUUAUUUUCACUAGGAUAUUAAUUUAAGCUAUACCGGUAGUUCACUUUAAAAUUUAUUUUAUUUUUGUAAAAAUGUGCAGUCUUUUGCAAUAUUUUGUGCGGAGCGAAGCGAAGUUCUUUGGGGUCGGCUUCAAUGCAAACUUUUUAACACUAUCACUCGAUAACGGCUGAACAUAUUUUAGCCAAACUUACCAAGGUUGUUUCGACAAAUGUUUGGAAGGUCUAAGACGAAACAAUUUCAGUUUUGUAAUAACACCUAUAUAAUUUAAAAUCAAUUCAAAGUUUUUAAAUUUUAACAUUGGUCUUAUUAAACAUAAACAUUUCCUAUACAGGAGACUCCCUCUUAUCCAGACAUUGGUUUAACCGGACCACACUCGGUAGAAGUGACAUCUCUUUAUCCGGAUAAUUUUUAUCAGCACAUCGGUUUAACCGGACUAGAUCGGCAGGAAGUGGGUGGUACUGAAAGGACUGUUCUCGUGGGAAAGAUUUGAGACCAGUGAUUACGUGUCUAAAUACAAUGCUCUCCUAAUUUUAAGUCAAAUACUGUAUAGAGUAUGCAUUUAAACGAUCCGUUUUAAUGAGAUUUUGGGGUCGUCGGUUUAACCGAAAAAACCGUUAUCCGGACUGGCCUCGGUCCUGAGGAGUCUGGAUAAGAGGAAGUCUACUGUACUGUCUUUUAUAAAUUAGUGCAACAGCUGUUUUGGUUUGAUGGGACAGUGGUGUUGCCACUUUUGUCUCGCCACGGCCUUGUAUUAGAGUAGGCUAUGGAUUGGGACACUACUUAGUUGUUUUUAAACCCAAAUAUGAAUGAAACAUGACUGUAGGAUAAGUGAGAUACCUAUGUGGCUUGGUUGUGAUUGUAUUAGUCGGCUAAGGCGCGCCUACAUUGGAAGCAGAAUUUGACGGAGUGGGUCCGUCUGAGUCUACCGGAAACAAACACAUGUAGCGCUGUCUCCUCUCCUACACUGGCACUGAUUGUAGUGUCAGAAAGGAGGAAUGGGUCUGAGCUUGUCGGAAACGAAUCUUUUUUCACGCGAUCAGACCAGACCCAGAGACCCAGUCGCUUUGAAUUUUGAAACUUUGACAGAGGUUAGUGCAUGGUUGAGGUUAUUUAUUUUGUCUGUUUGUUUUUAAGAUUGUGCUAAAAUGGUUGACAAAGGAAAGUAGUUGAUGGAAUUAGUGUGUGAGAAAGUGGCUUUGUGGAACCAGAAAGACAAAUACCACAACCACAACCUAAAUUGCAGUCCAAACAUUAAAUCAAAUAGUUCCUCAUCCAUUUUGCAAACUGAAAACAAUAACAAAAUACCCCCGCUGCAGCAAACCUGCAGACUAAGCGAAUUUCCAUUAUCCAGCCUGGAUUUCUACAAAAAUAUUCACUUAAAAUUUUAAUAUUUUCCUAUUUAAAUAACAUUAAUUUUAAUGAGUACAUAGGUUUGCUUAUACAGAGAAGGUAUU